AUGGACCUGGGCAGCAUUCUCCAUUUUCUUGAGGACAAGUCCAUUCUUGUCACUGGUGCCACUGGUUUUCUGGCUAAGAUUUUUGUUGAGAAGAUUCUUAGGGUUCAACCAAAUGUGAAGAAGCUCUAUCUUCUUUUAAGAGCUGCAGAUGACAUGUCCGCGAUGCAACGUUUUAACACUGAGGUAUACACAAAGUGCGGGAGACGUGCUAUGCCAACCAUGGUGAUGGGAUCUGCUGCAGUGUUUAUUGAUUGUGAUGAAUCUUGGAAGUUGUUGCUUGUGACAAGGAAUGGGUCCUUAUAUGUAUGGGAUAUUUUUAACAGGAAAUGUCUCCUUCUCGAUUCAUUGGCUUCACUUAUAACUCCAAACAGUCAGAGUGAUAAUUCUAAGGAUGCUGGAAAAAUCAAAGUCAAAUCUGCAAAAUUAUCGAAAUCUGGUUUUCCCCUUGUGGUUCUGGCUACACACAACGCCUACCUCUUCGAUAUGAGCCUCAAGUGUUGGCUGAGAGUUGCAGAUGACCGCUUUUCUGCAUCAAAUUUCUCAAGCUCUUGGAACUUCAGUUCUGCUCAUGGUGGUGAGCUGGCUGACUUGCAGAUUGAUGUCAGGAAAUUUCUGGCCAGGAAACCAGGAUGGAGCAGGUCUAUAUGCAUCCUGACUCUUUGGGAUUUUUGA